ACUGUUACAAAUACUGAUUGAAAUUAUCUAAAGGCAAAAGCUUUACCCAACAUUUGGAGUUUCCUUUUUUGAUCAUUUGGCUUCUAGGUUUAAUAUUAGUUACAUGGUGGCUUUAGUGAACUUUUUUAAAAAGCUUUCCUCUUCUACCCACACAGUCUUAUUUGAGUCCCUUAGUCAGUCAGCAAGCAUGUUUGGAACAGUCCCCGGUGCUUUGCAAGGGUUCAGAUUGCAGAACAGUCACAUAUGGGUAUUUGUAGUUAUAAAUACUUGACCAUUCUCCAGGGGUGGGGUUUCCAACUCUUUAAACAACCCUGUUGCCUGUUAUCAAGCUGACUUUUUGCUCCAAGUGCCAGAAUUGAUUGUGGUUAGGACAUCUUACGCUGAGAAAUAAAUAAAAUGGAACAUAAUGGGUCUGCUUCAAAUGCUGAUAAAAUCCACCAGAAUCGCCUGUCGAGUGUUACAGAAGAUGAAGACCAAGACGCUGCUCUUACCAUUGUGACUGUGCUGGACAAAGUAGCCUCCAUCGUGGACAAUGUGCAGGCAAGCCAGAAGAGAAUAGAAGAGAGACACAGGGAAAUGGAAAAUGCCAUAAAAUCCGUCCAGAUUGACCUGUUGAAGCUUUCACAGUCACAUAGCAAUACAGGGCAUAUCAUUAACAAGUUGUUUGAGAAAACCCGAAAAGUUAGUGCUCACAUUAAAGAUGUGAAAGCCCGGGUGGAGAAGCAACAAAUUCAUGUUAAAAAAGUUGAAGUCAAACAAGAGGAAAUAAUGAAGAAAAACAAAUUCCGCGUGGUAAUAUUCCAGGAGAAGUUUCGGUGUCCGACAUCCCUGUCUGUUGUUAAAGACAGAAACCUAACUGAGAAUCAAGAAGAGGAGGAUGAUGAUGUCUUUGAUCCCCCAAUAGAUCUCUCUUCGGAUGAAGAAUAUUAUGUUGAAGAAAGCAGAUCUGCCAGGCUUAGGAAGUCAGGCAAGGAGCGCAUUGAUAAUAUCAAGAAGGCAUUUUCCAAAGAAAACAUGCAGAAGACACGGCAGAAUCUUGAUAAGAAAGUGAACAGAAUUAGAACUAGAAUAGUGACCCCGGAGAGGAGAGAGAGGCUAAGGCAGUCAGGAGAGAGGCUGAGACAGUCAGGGGAGAGGUUUAAGAAAUCUAUUUCUAAUGCAGCUCCCUCAAAGGAAGCUUUUAAGAUGCGCAGCCUCAGGAAAGGUAAGGACCGAACAGUGGCUGAAGGUGAGGAAUGUGCCAGGGAGAUGGGCGUGGACAUCAUUGCCAGGAGCGAGUCUCUGGGCCCCAUCAGUGAGCUCUACUCUGAUGAGCUCAGUGAACCAGAACACGAGGCAGCCAGGCCGGUGUAUCCUGCCCAUGAAGGAAGGGAAAUCCCCACCCAGGAGCCUUUAAAAGUUACUUUUAAAUCUCAGGUGAAAGUAGAGGAUGAUGAAUCUCUUUUGUUAGAUUUAAAGCACUCAUCGUAAAGAGGAAUUAAGUAUAUCCUAAAUAUGAAUCUCCUAAUCAUGCAGUUUUAGUUUGAAUAGUGUAGUCAUCUACAUUUCUGUGCCAUGUAGGAAAACAUAAAUGUAUGUUUUUUUCUUAUAGUUAAAAUCUUGAAGAUAAUAUAAAUAUUAUUGUCACUCUUUCUCAUGGCAGCUGUGGAUUUUUUAGUUCCUUUCUCUUGUCCACCAGAAAAAUAGUUUCCUAGGUUGGGCCAGUUACGUGUUUGGUAAGGGCAACUUUGCGGCCAUCAUUUGCAAGAGAAUUCUAAAUAUUGGUUAGGAUUAAUAUUGUGGCCAGCCUCAAAGGGGAGUAACUCAUGUGUGGGUUAUAUCAUCCAGAUGUUCAGAUCAACAGAUUUGUUAGUAAAUUAGCAGUCACACCCCUUUUUUGAUGCUUUCACAUUAAAAAAUUGAAGUUUUGGACUUGAGCAUUUGGCUAUAGUAUCAUAGCUUUACUUAUAAGAAAACCCUGGGCAAGUCAUCUGCUUAUUCUCAUCAGUAAAAAUGGAGAGGGUUGGCCUCUGCUGCCCACCUCAGAGGACUGUUGUGAUGAUCAAAGGAAAUGGUACACAUUCUGGGGGAACAAGAAGCACACCCAGAGAAAACAAGCCUCACCAGUUCCUCCAAAACAGAAUUGAAAGAGUUACACCUUCUGAAAAAGCCCUCAGCACCAAUCAAUAAGGUCCUAGGUUGGAGAGAAACUAAAGCUGGUCUUCAGAAGCCUUUUCACAGAAUCAAGAGUGAAAAAUAAAUGUUUGGGUGACCACUUUUUCAUCAGACUAACUAAAUCUUGGGUUUUAGUUGGGUCUCAAAAUGUUCCCUGGCCAGACCCUUUCUAAUUUCCUUUUGAUUAAGAUCUUUGGUGGACUAUAGCACUACAUUUGUUUGAGCAGUAUGAGGCAUAAAAUUGUGACUAUGUUUCUAAAGUCGGCCCUGAUGCAUUGGGUUUGGAAAUGACCACAAAUAUUCCUGUUUUCCUGAGUGUACCCUUCAGGGUCCAGCUGUCCAAAACAGUGUUGAUAGGAGUUCAUCAUAGCUGCUUUGGGAGGAAGCCGGAUUCCCCUUAUCUGUUAGCUUUAGAUCCUCGAAUCCAGGAAGUAGAACAAUGUCUAUUGUUGCUAAAGAAAGAAAGAAAUGGGCCGGGUGUGGUGGCUCACGGGAGUAAUCCCAGCACUUUGGGAGGCUGAGGUGGGUGAAUCACCUGAGGUCAGAAAUUCACGACCAGCCUGACCAACAUUGCGAAACCCCGACUCUACUGAAAAUACAAAAAUUAGCUGGGCGUGGUGGCAUGCGCCUGUCCCAGCUACUCAGGAGGCUGAGACAGGAGAAUUGCUUGAAUUCAGGAGGUGGAGGUUGCAGUGAGCCGAGAUUGUGCCAUUGCACUCAAGCCUGGGUGACAGAGCAAUACUCUGUCUCAAAAAAAAAGAAAGAAAGAAAUGGUAGUACUGAUUCUGUACUUGAAGGAUGUUUAAUGUAGCAUGGUGUUGUAAUAGAGAAGAAAUGAUGAAAUUGUUGAAUUUGAAGAGUUGGGACAACGAUCAGCUAUCCCACUUUUUUUCUCACUUUCAGAUCAGUUUUUGGAUAAUCAUAUGGUAGUUAAAAUAAUAAGUGUACACAUAUACACACAGGCAUACAUAAAUCAGCUUUAAAAUAUUUGACUCAGUUACUCAGAUGUUUGGCUUUGGGAGUCUGAUUCAGCAUCAUUUCCUCUUCACCCUGCAUGAAUACAUAAAAUCAUAUAUCGUUCAUGUUGUUACCUUUUUAUAUUGAAAACUAAAGUGUAUACAACAUUGGAUAACACUUUCAAAUGAAUAAUUUUAAAAUGUUUUUAUGACAUUUUGGAAAGAUCUUGGGUGCCUAAUCACAUAUUUUCUUAAGAGGCAUAAUAAAUUUGAAUUUAAGAAAAUGUUAUUACAACAUUUGAUGU